AUGCUGGUACAGCCUGCGCUUCGACCGGGAAUAUUCGCCAGCUCGGUACCGCGCCGAUUCCUGCGCCAUGCAACUGCAUCAGCGAAACCAAAAAAGUACCAGCAGAAAACGAAUUUACACAAGCUCUACCAGCUCAAAUGGCGACCGCUAAUACUCAUCCGAGAGGGAACCUUCUAUCGUGACUAUCCUGCUUCAGCAGAAGUUUCCGGAUCAGAUAACCCCCCCCUUUUAACUAAAAUCGAUUUUAGUCUCCCAUCCAGACCGCCGCAAUGGCCGGAGCUUCCCCCGCCGGACAGCCUCAAACAAGUGAAGGACCGUUAUGAGAAGGACAUGCGCAAGGAGCAAUCAAUACAACAGGAGGAGGGACCGUUUCAUUGGGCAGUCAUUGGCAAUGAGAGUACAGAAUUUUUCCAUAUUCUUCAAGGUCGUUACAUUGCACAGCCGGCUAAAUCACGCCAAUGGCCGUAUUUGAUUUCUCGGAAAUUCAGUCCGAAAGACCCCAGCAAGAGGUCACCGGAGAAUGCAAUCGCGUACGUGGGAUUCAGUGGUGAAGGUUCCCAAGCAACUGGUGGUACACGAGGAGCCUAUCUCAGCGCAAGGUAUGAAAGUCUACGAGAGGAUACGGAUUGGACGGUACGGCAAUUCCUGCUAGGACAAACGGAACUCAACCCUAUGGAGGAUGAAAAUUCCGGGAAGAGAUCUGUUGAAGCCCAAUUCGAGAAAGUGGUCAAGGAUUUCAGAUUGCAAGAGCUUUUGGAAUUGCCCGUGUCCAGCCUUAGCAACGGCCAGACGAGACGUACACGGAUAGCUAAAGCGUUGCUUUCAUCGCCGGAGCUACUCCUUCUAGAUGAGCCUUUUAUGGGCCUUGAUCCUGCUACCACCGAGAGUAUAUCUUCUCUCCUCCGGGAUGUUGCAAUUCGUUCUUCACCCAGAGUCAUGAUCUCACUCCGGCCACAAGAUACCAUUCCGGAUUGGAUCACGCACGUUCUGAUUCUCGACAACCACCGAAUAGCAUUCAGUGGACUCAAAAAAGAUUUCUACAAACAGGCCACGAAAGCCAGUGGAAUGUCUACAAGUGCAGCCAGCAAAGCUAGAAUAUCCUUACGAUGGCUCUUUGCGCCAGGUGGUCUGUUCGAACUGCAGCGUUAUCAAUAUAUAGACGACACGAAAACCAAAGUAGCCCAGUUCUCAAAGAGCAAUAUAGGCGUUGCUGAUCCGACAGCCUUGACACAGAUCUCUCAGAAUGGCAAGCCGGUCAUUGAAAUGGAAGGUGUACAUGUCCAGUAUGGAGAGAAAGUUGUUCUUGGAAAUUGGAGGCAGGUAGUGCGAGGCAAAAAGGGGGCCAAACCAGGCUUGUGGUGGAGAGUUCGCCGGGGUCAAAGAUGGGCGGUACUUGGGGCCAAUGGUUCUGGCAAGACGACUUUGUUGUCUGUGAUCACAUCUGAUCACCCGCAGGCAUACGCCCAACCAGUUCGCAUGUUUGGCCAAUCUCGUUUACCCGAACGAGGAAGACCUGGUAUAUCGAUUUUUGAUCUUCAAGCUCGGAUGGGCCAUUCCUCUCCAGAGAUUCACGCCUUCUUUCCGCGGCAGCUUUCUAUACGGGCGUCGAUCGAAUCUGCAUGGGCCGACACUUUCCUCUCCAAGCCAGUCUUAACCUUCAAACGCGACACAAUCGUCGACGCCGUUUUGGAAUACUUCAAACCAGAACUAGACCCUUCUGCAGAAGACAGCAAUUCGACGGGCUCUGAAGGAGUCGACAUAUCAUUUAUACCUGAAACGUUUCGCGCAAACUUGGCAGAUGCAAUUCCCGUGGAUAAUCGAGCGACACCGAGAGCAGAGUAUCCCCCAAAACACAAUGUCGAUUAUGCCGAUAAUACAACCUUUGGCCAGCUCACUGUCGCGCAACAGCGUCUCAUACUUUUCAUUCGAGCUAUUAUUAAGAAACAAGAACUUAUUAUUCUCGAUGAAGCCUUUUCUGGAAUGCCGGCCAAUAUGCGCGAGAAGUGUUUUUACCUUUUGAAUAAUUCUGGACCCCCUGUCGACGGGAAAUUGGCCAAUUUACCCUUACCAUACCUAGGACCUGAACAAGCCCUGAUCGUGGUUAGCCAUUUACCAGAAGAAAUACCAGACACAGUGCGAUUCUGGAUGCGUCUUCCGUCUGAAGUUGGGGAUGGUCAACAGUUAGACUUUGCGCAGGGCGUGUUGGCGGAUGAUAGUACUCUAUCGGCAGACCGUAAAGCAUGGGAGACAAUCUGGUCUGAAAAUUCAUUAUCCAAGGCGAGGUUUUUGUAUGGAAAAGAUAGCGAAGGAAAGCUCAAUGAUGGGGAGAGAUAUCGUUAUGCUAUUCCUCGCAAGACACAGACGAAGAAUAGACUCAGGUCGCUGAAUGAAUCGGAGGACAUGGAGGAGGAACAUGAAGAGGAAGAGGAAGAGGAGGAGGAGUAUGAAGAGGAGGAGGAUGAUGAUUUCGAAGAAGCUGAAGAAGCAGAGUCAAGCAAAUCGACUGCCUAG